CCGUCUCCACGGCAACCGCCGGGCCGCGGCAAGAUGUCGGCGGAGGGAGGGCGCCGGGAGGCGGGCGUCGUGUUCCGAGCCCUGCCGCAGAAAACCUUCUCCUGCCUGCAGGACAAGGACAUCGCGGACAGACUCCUCAGAUGGUCCAUGCAAGGCAGGAUCACAGCACAGGCGUUCAGUUUUGACCAGCAGUUUAAGCCCUAUCAAAAGGAUGAGUUUCUUAUGGCAUUUUUUAAUGAUCAAAGUGUGAACUCCAGUUUAAAGUUGCUGUCAGCUUCAGGACAAUGGAUUACAUUGGGUUCCAAAGUGACAAAAAUUGAAGCUACUGUGGUACCCUGUACACAGAUUUCCAUGUCAUUUUUUGAUCGGCUGUACUCUGAAGGAAUUGUUAGAGAAACUGGAACUAUUGUGAAAUGUUAUGAUGACUAUUAUGAUGAUAUUCUUAUCUCUGAUGAAUUAAGGAAGGUCUUGCUUCUGGAGGAUUCUGACCAUUAUGAUUUAUUCACUCAACUGGAUCGUGAGGAAUUUCUGUUCUGUCUUUUUAAGCAUUUUUGCAUUGGAGGAACUCUUUGCCAGUUUGAAGAUGCAGUUGACCCAUACUUAGAAACUACAAAAGCUUUUUAUAAAGACUUGGUGAGUGUUCAAAAGAACCCUGAAACAAAAGAAAUACAUAUUAUUUCUACAGUCUUCAGAGUGUCUGCAUAUGAUGCUAAUGGCCUGUGUUACCCUUCAAGCAAAAGCCACCAACAGACUUUUGCCUACUUGAUUGUGGAUCCCUGCAAGCGACACGUGAAUAUUCUAUAUCACCGAUUCGGAAGCCUAUUUACAAACUAAUUAUAAACCUGGCUGGUCCCUAAUUUUGUAAUGGAGGUUGCCUUCUUUCUGGUGGGUUGAGGUAGUCAUUGAAUAGUUUUCUGACGAGGAAAGCUCAACUCCUUGGUGACACGCUCUGAAGUGCUUCCCGUUCACUCAGAUGUCACUAUGUGGUUAGUGACAAAAGUUUUCCGGUAUUUAUAGUUCUUGAAGCUGUUUUCUUGGCCGUUUCCCCCCUUCCCUCACCCGUUUUAUCUAAUAAAAAGUGUUUCUCUAGA